AUGGUUUAUGUCAAAAGACUAAAGAAUGAAAGGUUUAAUGAAAGGUUUAUGACAUUAACCAUUAAAUAUAGUGGAAAAUUAUUAAUAAUUUUAGAUUGUUUUUCAUCUAAAAGUGUUAGAAACUGUGAAAUUAUUAAAGAAAACAUGGAUAGAUUAAAAUAUACCAAAAUUUUAAAAAUUUAUGGUCUCAAUAAGAAAAUUAAAUAUGGGAUAAAAUUAUUUAUAAUAACAAUACAAUGA